UAUUUUGUAAGAGUGCACAGCAAGCAUUUUACUUUGAAAACAUGUACAGCAAGCAGUUGUAUUCUGUAUGCAUGCACAGAAAAGAUUUUAUUUUGUAAGAGUGCACAACAAGUAUUAUAUUUUGUAAUACAACACAGCAAAUAUUUUAUUUUACAAGGUGCAAGUCGCAGCAGAUAUUUUAUUUUGAAAGGUGCAUUGCAUGGGUAAAGUGGCACCAUCUCAUUGUUAUCAACAUCAGCUCUUGCUACAUUUUAAAGAGUAACACUGUCAGCACUGUUUAAUUUGGUAGAUAAAUGCAUUCCAUGAUAAGAUAAAUUACUUUUCUUGUUUUUCAGACAGCCAUGGCUCCUCGACCUGAAGUGGGGACUGAGUCCUCACACUCUCGUGAUUCCAAGAGUGACUGUAAUGAUGCGACCAUCCUGCCCGCUUACUCCACAGUGGACCUGGUGAAUCAGGAUGUGGGGAACUCCAACCCAUGGGAUCUGCCCGACCUGAAGGACACAGGAGUCAAGUGGUCAGAACUCGACACAAAGGGAAAGAUCCUGAGAGUGUUGACAGCGUUCCUGAAGCUUGUGGUGCUCCUUGGACUUCUCUACCUCUUCAUAUGCUCACUAGAUGUUCUGAGUUCUGCUUUCCAGCUGGUCGGAGGCAAAGCUGCUGGUGACAUCUUUCAGGACAAUGCUGUGUUGUCCAACCCUGUGGCUGGACUGGUGAUCGGGGUGUUAGUCACGGUGCUGGUGCAGAGCUCCAGCACCUCCUCCUCCAUUGUGGUCAGCAUGGUCUCCUCUAGAUUGCUGACUGUCCAGGCAGCAGUGCCAAUCAUAAUGGGUGCCAACAUUGGAACAUCUGUCACCAACACCAUUGUGGCCGUGAUGCAGGCAGGAGACCGAAAUGAGUUUCGGAGGGCGUUUGCCGGUGCUACAGUGCAUGACUUCUUUAACUGGCUAUCUGUGCUGGUUCUUCUGCCCUUGGAAGUGGCCAGUGGUGUUCUGUACAAACUCACUUACCUCAUCAUCGAGUCCUUCAAUCUUGAGACAGGAGAAGAUGCGCCCGAUCUGCUCAACAUCAUCACAGACCCUCUCACAGAUUCCAUUGUCGAGCUGGACAAAUCUGUCAUCACAGGCAUUGCCAUGGGUGAGCCAGAUGCCAGAAACAAGAGUCUGAUCAAACGAUGGUGCAAAACAGAGAAAAACAUUACUGCAGUGAAUGUGACUGCGGUGAACUGCUCAGUUGGUGCUAGCUGUUGGGAGUCUGACAACCAGAACUGGAUUCAGAUAAACGUGACGGAAAUCAUUGGCAUUGAGAGAUGCACUCACAUCUUUGCCUACACCACACUGCCAGAUCUGGCAGUUGGCCUCAUUCUUCUUGCUCUGUCUCUACUUGUGCUCUGUACCUGCCUCAUCCUCAUCGUCAAGUUGCUCAACUCCAUGCUGAAAGGACAGGUUGCAGUGGUGGUCAAGAAGGUGCUAAACACAGAUUUCCCCUUUCCUUUUGGGUGGGUAACUGGCUACAUUGCUAUUUUGGUGGGAGCAGGAAUGACCUUCAUCGUUCAGAGCAGCUCUGUCUUCACCUCAGCUAUAACUCCUCUCGUUGGUAUUGGCGUUAUUAGCCUGGAGAGAGCCUAUCCUCUGACACUGGGAUCAAAUAUCGGUACAACAACGACCGCUAUACUUGCUGCUAUGGCCAGUCCUGGAGAGACUCUAGGAAACUCCCUGCAGAUUGCACUAUGCCAUUUCUUCUUCAACAUCAUGGGCAUCAUGCUGUGGUAUCCAGUCCCCUUCAUGCGGGUGCCCAUCAGGUUGGCCAGAGGUUUGGGAAACCAUACGGCCAAAUACCGUUGGUUUGCUGCGUUCUACCUCAUCCUGUGCUUCCUGGUUUUGCCUGUGACUGUAUUUGGCCUGUCCCUGGCUGGUUGGCAAAUCCUGGUUGGCGUUGGCGUGCCUGCCAUUGUUUUGCUUAUUUUUGUAAUUAUUGUGAAUGUCAUGCAGUCUCACUGUCCUCGCUACCUGCCCAGUUGCCUAACCACGUGGGACUUUUUGCCCCGGCCCCUGCACUCCUUGGCACCCUGGGAUGCUGCACUGACCUCGGUCUUCCGUUGCUGUGGCAAACACUGCUGCUGUUGUUGCAAGUGUUGCAAGUGUUGCAGAAGCUGCCAAAAUGAGGAGGAUGAAAAGAUCAGAAAGAACAGUAAGAAGAGUUUGGAGAUGUACGACAAUCCAGUGAUGUCAAUCGAUGAGGACAUAAAGAACAUCAAAGCAACACAACUGUAAAUUUGUAUCUAGAAGAAACACUGUAUAUGCAACAAUGUAUGUAAAACAUACUUGUAAUUAUUUAUCAUGUUUCAGACUGUAUUGUGUUGAUGAUUGUGCUUUAUUGGAUGAUAUGUAAUAAUAUGAACACAUCACACUUGAAAAAAAA